GUUACUGGAUCGUCACCAUGAAGACCGCAGUAAUUUUCUCAGCACUCGUUGCCUUGUCUGCAGCUAUUCCUCAUUCCAACAGAGUUGUUGGAGGACUGGAAGCUGCAGAAGGUUCUGCACCUUACCAAGUAUCCUUGCAAGUUGGUAACUUCCACUUCUGUGGUGGUUCAAUUUUGAACGAAUAUUGGGUUUUGACUGCUGCUCACUGUUUGGGUUAUGACUUCGACGUGGUAGUGGGAACAAACAAACUUGAUCAACCAGGUGAAAGAUACCUCGUAGAACAAACUUUUGUUCACCAAUUCGACCAGGAAUCUUUAAGACACGAUCUUGCUUUGGUAAAAGUGUCCAGCCCUAUCGAAUUCAAUGAUUAUGUUCAACCAAUUCCAUUGGGCGAAACUUAUGUUGGAGGCGGUGAAGUUGCUCGUCUUACUGGAUGGGGAAGACUUGGAGCUAACUUGAAUGGACCGAAUGAACUCCAAGAACUUAACACUGUCACAUUAAGCCACCAGCAAUGUGUAAGACAACAAAUUUAUCCAGUAUACGACAGCCAACUUUGCACAUUUGUUGGCAGUGGACGAGGCGCCUGCAACGGUGACUCUGGUGGUCCAUUGGUCGUCAAUGGAGAACUUCACGGAGUCGUCUCCUGGGGAAUCCCCUGCGCCGUUGGAUUACCCGAUGUCUUCACAAGAGUUUCACACUACGCUGACUGGAUUAGAGAGACCAUGGAAAAUAACUAAUUUUUAAUGGCAUAUUAUUGUAUUGUCUGUGAUGAAAAUUAAUAAAAACGUGAUAGAUUAA